AUGGCUAACGUGAAUGUAACUGCUGCUGAUCAACAACAAAUCAAUAAAUUCGCUAGGCUUCAUCAAAAUUUGACACAACUGAAGGAAGAUUUAGCUGGAAUCGCGAAUGAAAUUCAAAACAUAAAUGAUGCAUCGGAUGAACUUCUCCUACUAGAUAGUGAAGAUACUGCUAGUAUUCCAUACAAAAUUGGAAACACUUUUAUUCAUUUGUCCGAGGACGAUCUGAAUGCCAAGCUAGAAACAGUGAAAACUGAAUUAGAAAGUGAUUCUGACAAGAAGAAGGAAAAAAGCAGUGGUAUUGCCGAAGAACUAGACCAGUUGAAGAAAACACUGUAUGCGAAGUUCGGUGAUCGAAUCAACCUCGAAACCGACAAAGACGACUGA